GUCUUAGUAAAAUCAUCCCUUCCUUGGGUGGCUAGAUUCUCACAUCUGGUGCACCCACCAUUACAGACGGCUAGCCUAAGAUUCAGGUCGCCGAGAAUGCUUUUGUGUACGGGCAGGGGACGUGCGGAGACCAAGUCGAUCUCGGGUACCGGCAGAUCAUUGCGUAUGCCAUGCGGCACUUCGCGGAUAUGCCAAAGGAACCAGUGAAGGAGGACCGUGUGAUGCAGCCUGCAGCGAUAGCAGAUCGAGCCGUCCUCCGCCGCUUUGCUGACUUGGCUGACCAGCUGGGGUUUACCAGCCCCAGGAUAAAGCAUUUGCAACAGUACCCAACUGCACUCGCCGAGCAAACCCCACCAUCAGAGCACCCUCCCCUCGUUACAUCAGGAUCUGGGGUAGGGAUAGCUCAUAGAUGCGGCACCCCACUCAGGCCGAAAUUCAACGAGGACCGGAAAUUUUGGUUUAUCAAUCACCUCCAUGAUGAGAGGGAGCAGCAAGGCAACGCCAUCACGAACUUCUUCGUCCGAAAACAAAUUUAUCUCGCCUUCUUUGGCUGGCCGACCUGGAGGCCUACUGCCCAGGGUGGUAGCCAUGGCCGCUCUCCAUCUCUCUGUCCUGUUCCAGACUUCGGAGAUUUACCUCGAGACCCAAGCCCUGAUGCUCAACAGCACAUGGUCGGGUCCCGAACGGACCAAACCCUCCCUCCACCAUACCGUACUAAACACAUCCGUACCUGCAUACCCAAGAAUCGCCCGCCAGCGUGUGUGAUCAGCGCCCCAAAAAAACACGGGAUUUCAACGUGGGUAGCCGAUGCUCAUCUCAUUUCCCUUCACUUUCUGCUUCCUUCGUUCCUUCUUUGCAGUACUACGUCCAGGCUACAUUUGCGCGAGGCGUUCAGUGGCCAUUUCCGCGGACGGGACGGGCUUUGCUUGCUUGCUUCUGGAAUACUAUAAUGAUCUAGCGGCUAAGUUUCGUGGGGCGGCGAUGGCGGUUCCAGUGUCUACGGCGGUAUCGCCGGAGGGAUAUGCCCCUACCGUGCGCAUGUAAUUGCAGUUCGUGAUCUCCACUGCCACGUCGUGUUUAGCAUACGGGGUGUCUUACUGUAUUGUACGAAGCCAGUCAGUUGUACGAGCAAAUGGUAAAUAUGAGAGAGGAGGGAGGAGGGUGUCACAUGCGCGAUACGAGGAGAGCCUCUCCUUCCCAAACUCCAGCGAGAGGGUCAGUCCCGUGACCUCCCUGCAAACCUCCUAGUCUCACGUGUAGA